CCUUGGAAACCCUAAUUUCGCAAUUGCGCCGUCUCUCCCUUCUCUCGCCGGAGAAUGAGCACUACUAUGACUGCUCUUCCGCCGCGUCACCAGUCGAAGGUUGACCCGAAUAACGUUAACAGAGCCGUGAAAUCUCUGUUAAAAUGGUGGGACUCCAAAUCCAAGUCCCAGAAAUCAGAGCAGCUUGAGAACGACGGUUUCGUCUACCUAAUCGUGACACUGAAGAAAAUCCCCCAGUUGGAUCGGAGUAACCCCUUCAUGAUCCCUCUUCCUCAUCCUCUCAUCGAUCUGACCGCCGAAGAUUCGCCGGAGCUCUGUUUGAUCAUCGACGACAAACACAAGAACAAAAUCACAAAGGAAGCGGCUUUGAAGAAGAUCGAAGCAGAGAGGAUUCCGAUCACCAGUGUGAUCAAAGUCUCCAAAUUGAAGUCGGAUUUAAGCAAGUUAGAGAAGGAGGAGCGAUGCUGCGAGCUGUAUUUCGCCGAGAGGAGGCUCAUGCCGAUUUUGCCGAAGAUACUGGGGAAAGAGUUUGUUAAGAAGAAGAAGAACCCGAUCGCGAUUAAUCUGAGGCAUGGGAAUUGGAAAGAGCAGAUUGAAAAAGCUUGUGAAUCGGCUCUGUUCUUCGUCGGUACAGGUACGUGUAGUGUUGUAAAAGUAGCGAAAUUGUCCAUGGGAAGGAAGGAGAUUGCAGAGAAUGUUAUGGCGAGUAUAAAUGGGAUUGCUGAUUCAGUUCCUGGCAAAUGGAAGAAUGUUAGAUUUUUUCAUAUCAAGUUGCUUGAGAGCAUGGCAUUGCCUGUUUAUGAACAAGUUGGACAAGCCUAACUCUGAUGAUAGUGUUUAAAGAAGGUAAUGGAUGAUCGAUCUGGUUACAAUUUAGUCACAGGUUUUGGUUAUUUUCUUCUGUGGAACUUUUUCUCUUGCUGUAAUGUUUAAGAUUAUGCCUGCCUAGAAUGAUAUAGUGCAAAAGAUGGCUUUUAAAUGCAAAAUCUUAAUUUCCAUGAGUGGGUAUUUUGAAAAUUUGAAGAAGUAAUCACAGAAAGCACCUUUUGUCAUGUGUAAGCAGAAGGAUGCUGUUUGAAUAUGACAGGAUGGUUUUUGGUUUUGAAAGGAUCUAGUUUUCCUUCUUUAUUGAAUUCCUUUGUCUUCGCAAA